CAGAAUUCACAUUAAAAUUGUACGUAUUCAUCUUUAGAAGGGGCCUAAAUGCAAGCAUGGCAGCAAUUUUCUUUUGUUCAUUAGCUGUCACGUAAGCAAAAAAAUAGUAACCAUGACACUCUCCUAUGUUAUAUUGAGUUUAUAGAUAGAUAAUAAAUGGAAACAACAAAGUGUGUAAUUAUUUCCAGCAAUAAAGAAUCACAGCUUGAACUUCAACUACCUAAGAAUCACACAAGAGAUGUUCAUAUUUUGAGCUUAGCGUUUCUAUUGAUAUUUCUAGCUUAUGGAGCUGCUCAAAAUUUACAAAGCACUCUCAACACUGAGGAGAACUUGGGUACAACUUCACUAGGAAUUUUGUAUUUGUCUUUCACAUUUUUCUCUGUGUUUGCUUCUUUGGUGGUGCGGAUUCUCGGUUCCAAGAAUGCUUUGAUUAUUGGAACAUCUGGUUAUUGGUUCUACGUUGCUGCAAAUUUGAAGCCCAGUUGGUAUACACUGGUUCCGGCCUCUUUGUAUCUCGGGUUUUGUGCUUCUAUAAUAUGGGUUGGGCAGGGAACAUAUUUAACUUCCACAGCUCGCAGUUAUGCUGCCGAUAACAAUCUCCACGAAGGCGCAAUAAUUGGCGACUUCAAUGGAGAAUUCUGGGCUCUAUUUGCACUCCAUCAGGUUAUUGGAAAUCUUAUUACAUUUGCUCUACUCAGAAAUAACCAAGUGGGAAGUAUCAAAGGCACAACCUUAUUGUUUGUUGUAUUCCUUUCUGUUAUGACCUUUGGUGCAAUACUAAUGUGCUUUCUUCGUAAAAGGAGUAGCAAUAAAACACGAGAAUACAAAAAUUUAGGUACUGAUAUUGAUGCAAGUGAAUCAUCAUCCCUGAAGUCUCUAUGUAGAUCACUCAAGAGUUCAUUCUCUGAUGCAAAUAUGUUGUUGAUCAUACCUCUUAUUGCAUAUUCAGGUCUACAAGCAGCAUUUGUAUGGGCGGAAUUUACCAAGUAUGUUGUAACUCCUGCAAUUGGAGUUUCUGGUGUUGGUAUUGCAAUGGCAGCUUAUGGGGCUUUUGAUGGAAUAUGUUCUCUGACUGCUGGUCGUCUCACCUCUGGUCUCAAAUCUAUAACGUUGAUAGUUUCUGUUGGUGCUUUUGGUCAGGCAAUUGUACUAAUCUUACUUCUGCUAGAUUUCAGCAUAGCUAAAGGAUUGCUUGGUACUUCAUAUAUUAUCUUUAUGGCUGCUCUAUUGGGCGUUGGUGAUGGAAUUUUAGCAACACAACUCAGCGUUUUGCUAGCAAUACUAUUUAAGCACGACACGGAAGGGGCUUUUGCACAGUUGAAGAUAUGGCAAAGUGCUACGAUUGCUAUGGUGUUCUUUUUGGCACCUCACAUCUCGUUCCAAACAUUCGUCGUGAUCAUGUUGGUUUCCCUAUGUUUGACAUUAUGUAGUUUUCUAUGGUUGACUAUCAAGGUGGGGAAAACACCAUCAUCCUCCACUGGAAAACUAAAAGGGUUAAGUUAGAUAAAAUGCCUGUGGGACGUUCUUCCAUAUGUAAAAGCUGAAGAUCUUCAACAAGUCUGCAUAAACAAUGGAGUAUAUAAAUCAAUCUGACCCAAUAUAAAUUCAAAUGUAGAUUAUAAAUUAAAAACAUUGAGAUUAAUGAAUUCAAUUCCAAUUUUAUAAACAAAUCAAACUAGUUCAAUACAUGAUUACAUACAUUCAUAACUUUUUUUUUUUUUUUUUAAUUCAUUUACCAAUCAUAUUUCUAUAUUUUUAAUACACUUAUCAAUUAUCAUACAAAAGUAGCAUCCUUGUGUCAACAUUUAUUAUUUUAGUGAGCAUUUGUUUAUGAAGUAUAAAGUACUAACAUUUCUUAUUAAACAAAUAGACAUCAGUGAGCAUUUUAAUACAAUGCCAUUUACCAAUCAUAUUUCUAUAUUUUUAAUACACUUAAUUUUCUAGAUUAGUAGUUUUAUUCUCACCACAAAUUUUUUCUUAAAAAAAAAGGAAAAUCUCACCACAAAUUUCCAUUAAUUGAAAUACAAAUAACAUAAUGAAAAUAUGUGUCUUUCUUUUCUAGAUUAGUGCUUUUAAUCUUAAAUGAGUUCUGCCGAUAAUAGCAAUGUUAUAUAUAUGUCCAAACAAACAAAAUUAUUGCAUAUCUUGUAUAUUCUAAAGUUUAUUAUCUCUUUCUAAAGAAACACACAAAAGCUAAUUUAAUCCAAUGCAAUUGUAUUAGAUUUAAUUUUCAUUUUGAGCUAUAUUAUAUUACUUAACACAAAGUAUAUAUCCUUGUGAGUGAAAUCAUAGACAAUGUUAUAUUUGUCUUUUGUGUUUAAGGAGAAUUAACAUACGCAUUG